UGUAACCCCUUCCAAUACAAAUUUUAUGUAAGGCAACCAGCAAAGUCUUCAUCAGUUUACUUUAGUUCAAUUCCCAAGAGAAUAUAACUCUCAGAACCAGUUUUUUCUCCAUGGAUAACAGCAAUGAGAAUCUUCAGAACUUGACCAAACAACAAGAUAAUGAAGUAGCUAUAGUCAUGGUUCCAUUUCCAGCUCAAAGCCAUCUCAAUCAACUUCUUCAACUUGCCUGCAUAUUCUCCUCAUUAUAUAAUCUUCCUGUCUACUAUGUUGCCUCAGCUACUCAUAAUCUUCAAGCUCGGGUUCGAGCCAACGCCUUAAAUCCAGCAGACAUAGCCAAAAUCCACUUCCAUGAUCUCCCAACACCUGAUUUUGCCUCCCCUGCACCUGACCCCAACGCCUCGAGUAAAUUCCCAGCCCAACUCCUGCCAUCUUAUAAUGCUUCCAUGCUUCUUCGCGAGCCCGUUGCUUUGUUCCUUAAAGACAUUUCGUCUAAAUCAAGACGAGUUGUUGUCAUUCAUGAUGUUUUAAUGUCCUAUAAUGUUCAGGAUGUUAGUUCCUUGCAUAAUGCUGAAUCCUAUAUAUUUAACUGUGUUUCUGUUUUCUUUAUGCAUUGUUGUUUCAUAUGCAUACCUAAGGGAAUACCUAUUCCACUUGAUGAAGAUUUACUUAAAAAGUUACCUUCACUUGAAGCUGAUGCACCAGAAGAGAUCAACAAGUUAGUAACUUUUCAACUUCAAUAUAAGGAUAUCAGAGCUGGUGAUUUGUACAAUUCAAAUAAAGUACUUGAAGGUAGUUCUCUUGAUUUGAUGGCACAAUUUGCUAAUACACAAAACAAGAAGCAAUGGGCAAUCGGACCAAUUCUACCUACUAAACUAGAUCAUGUAUCAGAUAAGAGAAACAAAUGUUUGGAUUGGCUUGACAACCAACCUCUGAGAUCUGUUCUUUAUGUAUCUUUUGGCUCGUCAACUACAUUUUCUGAUGAAGAGAUCAAGGAGCUAGCGAUGGGACUAGAGCGAAGCAAACAGAAGUUCGUAUGGGUGUUGAGAGAUGCCGAUAGAGGAGAUAUCUUUACUGGGGAAGCUAGAAGAUUUGAGUUGCCAGAAGGGUUUGAAGAAAGAGUAAAGGGGGUCGGGUUAGUGGUAAGAAAAUGGGCGCCACAACUAGAAAUAUUGGCUCAUUCGUCCACGGGUGGGUUUAUGAGUCAUUGUGGAUGGAAUUCUUGCAUAGAAAGUAUCACUAUGGGAGUGCCUAUGGCUGCUUGGUCUAUGCACUCUGAACAACCAAUUAAUGCUUUCUUUGUGACGGAAAUCUUGAAAAUAGGCCUGAUUGUGAGGGAGUGGGAGAAACGCGAGGAGUUGGUAAGUGCAUCUACCAUUGAGAAUGUUGUGGGGAAGUUAAUGGCAUCAGAAGAAGGCGAUGAGACCAGGAAAAGAUCAGAAGAAUUGGGUAAAGCAGUAAGGGAGUCCACAGAGAAAGGGGGUGCUUCUCAACUGGAGUUAGAUUCUUUCAUUGCCCAUAUCACAAGAUAGACUCGUUUUUUUCACAAUAACGUUGCACGGGUUCUUGCUUGUUUCUUCAGUCUUUUUUUCCUUAUCAUGUUCUUUAGUUGUUAGGAAUUUCUGUUUUUGGUUCAGACAAGUUCAUGCCCAAAAUUUCUAUUUCAUUAUAUAUGUAUGUUCAUUAUAAUUUUGUAGACAAACUCGGGUAGUCAAAGAAAGGGUGCAGUUCUGCAA